AGAAAAGAGAAUGUGCUGAGGGAAGGAAAAGCAGAGAUACAUUAAUGAAGGGAGGAGGAGAUAAACACCUAACCAUAAGUAAAGAUAACAAGGACAAAUAAGUAAGGGUAAGCAUGCGAUGCAUGCAUUCAUUUUAUGUCCAUAUAAGGAAAGUUUGGCCACCAUUAUGUUAGAAACAAGAGCAGAUGUGGGCGUUAUCCUCAGAUAUGGGCGUUAUCCAUAGGGUUGAAAGAUAAUGGUGGCAGAAAGCACAAAGGGUUUUUCUUCAUUUACAUAAAGGAUGGACCUAUGUAUUGUAUGUGCAUAAAAGCAGAGCUGGGGCCUGAGAAAGUCAGUUGUUCCGCGGACCAGCUCGGCUUUGCUACUUUGUAUUAAAGUCUAUAUUGAAUUUACAAGUUCUUGUAAGAGUGAUACUUUUAACACAAUUUUCCACAACAUACUUUGGCGAGCUUGCCAGGAGUUGAAGGGACCUCAGACAACGGCGUUUUUGGUUGGUGACGGUUUUUCUGGAGCAGUCUCGCAAACGGGUGGCCGCCCAACUAUAAUAAGGAAACACCUAUCGCACCCCCCCUCCUCCCUCCAACCUUCCUCCCCCCUCCCCCUCCUGGAGUCCCCGUGUCGUACCUCUCCCGGUAGCACCUUACUGCUGGGUAUGAAGAGGCUGUCUGUGCUGCUGGUCGACUGCAGGAGAACACCGGAGCUAAGGGACAGCCGUAACCGUCGCUCUCUCAGUAGAAGAGGCAUAUCUGGGGAGGCUAACCAACAGGAUGCUGACGAGGCAGAGAACAGUCUCUCCAGAUCAGAACACCUCAAACACCAGCAGAGACUUACAGGGAAGAAACCUCACCGCUGCUCUGACUGUGGAAAGAGUUUCACCUCUUCAGCAAAACUUAAAACACACCAGAGAAUUCAUACUGGAGAGAAACGUUAUAGCUCUUCAGACUGCGGGAUAAGUAUUUUGCAAGUAGGAAACCGAACAAAACACCAGCUGACCCAUACAGGAGAGAAACCUUUUAGCUGUGAUCAAUGUGGGAGGAGAUUCACAAAGUCAGGAACCCUGACAAUUCACCAACGAAUACACACAGGAGCAAAACCGUUUCACUGCACAGACUGUGGGAAAAGUUUUGUUCAAUUAGGCAACCUGAAAAUUCAUCUGCGGACACACACACAAGAGAAGCCGUACCACUGCUCUGACUGUGGGAAUAGUUUUGCUCAUUCAAGAAAUCUGAUAAAGCACCAGCGCAUACACACAGGAGAGAAACCUUACAGCUGUGAUCAAUGUGGGAAGAGAUUUACUAGCUCAGACUCCCUGAUAAAACACCAGAGAACACACACUGGAGAGAAGCCUUACCACUGUUUGGACUGCGGGAAGAGUUUUACUCAGGCAAGCAACCUGAAAACACACCAGCGCAGACACCUAGGCCAGAAGCUUCACCACUGUUCAGAUUGUGGAAGUAACUUUUCAACAUCACGUGGUUUAGAGCUGCACCAGCGAACACACACAGGUGAGAAACCUUACUACUGCUUCAGCUGUAGUAAGAGUUUUGCUAGAUUAGAUGGACUGAUAGUGCACCAGCGAACACACACAGGCGAGAAGCCUUUUAGCUGUGAUCAGUGUGGGAAGAGAUUUGCUCAGUCAGCACACUUGACUGUACACCGGAGAACACACUCUGGAGAGAAACCAUACCCCUGCUCAGACUGUGGAAUGAGCUUUAUUAAUUCAAGUCACCUGAAGGUACAUCAGAGUGUACACACAGGAGAGAAGCCUUAUAACUGUGAUGUAUGUGGCAAAAGUUUUGUUACAUCAGGAAGUCUGGCUUCACACCUUCGAACCCACACUGGAGAGAGGCCUUACCAUUGUACCGACUGUGGGACAAGCUUUCGCAGGUCAUACCAUUUAAAAUUGCACCAGAGAAUGCACACAGGAGAGAAGCCUUACCAUUGUGCCGACUGUGGGAAAAGCUUUGUCGGGUCAGACGGUUUAAAAUUACACCAGAGAACACACACAGGAGAGAAGCCUUACCACUGCUCUGACUGCGGAAUGAGCUUAACCACUUCAGGUGGACUUAAAAUACACAAGAGAACACACACAGGAGAGAAACCAUUCCACUGCUCUGACUGUGGGAAAAGAUUUAAUCAGUCUGGGCAGUUGACUUUACACCAGCGAAUACACACUGGCGAAAAACCUUACCACUGCUCUGACUGUGGGCUGCAUUGUACUUCUUCAGGGGAUUUAAAAGUGCACCUGCGAACACACACGGGAGAGAAGCCUUUUGGCUGUGAUCAGUGUGGGAAGAGGUUCGCUCAGUCAGGAAGCCUGGUUGGACACAAGAGAACGCACACUGGAGAGAAGCCUUUUGGCUGUGAUCAGUGUGGGAAGAGGUUUAGUCAGUCAAGAACCCUGGCUGGACACAAGAGAAAACACCACACUGGAAUUGUUAAAGCUACAAAGACUGAGGGACAUCAACAAAACGUUAACAUUGAAAAACAGCAUCGCUAUAAGGAGAGAAAGAAAGCCCAGAUUGGAGAAAAGGCCUUAGGAGAGAGACCAGACUAUCACUCUGACACCAGAAAGAGUCCUACAGGGGUAUCAGACCCAGUGACAUCCAAACCAGCAAGACUGUUCCCAGUUGUGAAAAGAGAUUUAUCCGGUAACCAUGGUUGACAGAGGAAGAACAAUGAUUCCAAGCACCACCCUCCUUUUG